AUGGAUAGCAAGACAUCGAGUUCUGCUAAGCAACCGCGUCGCAAUCCAGGCGUACGCGUCACAGAAUGCGCUGUCCUUCUACACACCCACGAUCCCAACACACAGGAUGCCCUUCAGAAGCACAGCGACUACUGCGGCGCUUACCGGGACGAAGUCGAUGCUGUCAACUACCUCAAGCGACUAAUAACCCAGGACCCGUGUCUAGCAAAGCCACACGGCCAAAUCAUCGACUUGACAUCAGAGCUGAAGCCACGAAAGUCUUACGCUAGCAUCAAUGAUUUCUUGGAGGACAAGGAGUCUCUGGAUGCGAUCUUCUCUGGUGGAAACUACAGUAGCUGCUGGCUGUCUCUUUUCACUUCGAGCAUGAUCGUACGCAGUGAAUGGCGACUAGCCCCAAACAUCAAGGUCUCACUGAACAAAGCAUGUCAGACUUUCCACAUCGAGGAGAAAUCCCUAUACAUCAACCACAAGACCACGAAAUCACGACGCCCACAACAUCGAAUUAUGGACGAAUUUGAGCCUACAAUCCGCCUCGUCUCCUCCCUUCCCCUCAGCAACCUUCCCCACUACCACUUCUGGGCCGUCGUAGUCAAAACUGUCUCCCCUGACAACGCCCUCGACAGUCACACGUGGCUCAGCGCGAUCUUCUUGCUUCGCAUCGACGCCAUCGAACACCUCAGCAAACUCAUCAAAACUACCAGUCCUGUGGGAUACAGGAGCGGUGUUGACUAUCUAGCGCUCAACGCUCUCGGGGAGAUCUAUUCACCGGCUGGCGAAUACUUGGGCGAUGGGUAUGAGUUGAUCACGGUCGAUGGGUGGACGAGGAUGUCCUGGAUGCAGGUCGUGCCGUGGGAGCUUGUCUUGCCUCCGUGGUUGACGAACUGGGAUGAAGGCGUGGCUGUCAAUCAGCAGAAUCAAGAAAACGCAGCAAGCAACACGCAACCGACAGCACCAACGGCGCCGGUCACGACAACAUUGCGGCCAUUGCAGCCAAGUACCAGCAAUUCACAGCCCACGAACGCCGGGAACGUGGACAGCAGCGGCGGUGCUCCGGAGACGACUCCAUCACGCAAGCCAGGCCGUGUUGUUCCCAAGAGCGACGAGAAACCCCGGCCAGGCUCGGGGAAGAAGAAGAAGAAUAAGGGGAGACUUCCUUCAAACUUCUAA